AUGAUUGCAAGGAGUACGCAAAAGAAGAUUGCUAAGGUUGGUGCUUCUAUCGGCACCAAAGCCAAUGCUGUGCUAGUUCCUGUACCAAAAACAGCUCCAAACGUUGCAAACAUUGAAAAAAGAAAACAAUCAGAUAGCCAGGAUGGCAACAAUAAGAAGGCAAGGAAGUUUGAGAUAAGGAGCGCUGCUCAAGGAGCCAGUGCUGGUCCCGCUGCUGCUGCUGCUGCUGCCACUGUUACUAUUACUGCUACUGCAAAAAGGAGAAAGCGAAAGAAGGCUGCAAUUGCUACUAGUGCUGCUGGAAGGAGACUGAAGAAAACUACUACAAAGGUUGUUGCCGCUGCAAGUAACAAAGCAAAUUUUGUAGUUGAAAAAAGGCACCAGUCAGAUAGGCAGCAUGAUGGCGACAAGAGAGUCCCAGAGAAGGCAAAGAAGGUUGCUGCGGGUGCUGGAGGAGCUGCUGUUGAUUCCAUGCAAAAGGCAGCAAUGAUUGUUCCUGCUUCAAGAGCUGUGGGUGCUGCAAUUUCCAGGGAAAAGCAAAGUGCUAUGAAGAAAAAGGUGCAGCUCAAAAAAGGUAGUGGGAAAAAAUUGCAAGGAGAUAACAAUGCGACAAAAGAAGCAAACCCCAGAGUAGUGGAUAUUGGUAGAGCACAAGUAGAGCAGCAUGCUGGUGUACCAAUCAUGCCGUACAAUCUACGACAUCCAAUCGGACCAAGGCCUCCAUCUUUGAAAGAGCAAAAGAAGAUGAGAGAUGAAAAAAAGAAAUUGUUGAAAACAAUGAGAGAUGAAUUGGGUGUCUUGCUUCCUGAUAUUGACAGCAAAAUUGUAGUUGCUCAAGAGAGGGUUCAUUGGGACCGUUCAAUGAAGGAUGGCGAUGGUACGAGGAUCACAGAAAAAAUUCUUGAAGCUGCAGCUUUCAUUGAAGAUUUUGAUGAGGAAAAAGAUGAUGAUGGGACUUUCUUUGAAAAGUAUGAAAUUGAUAUGUUGGAUGUAGACGAUCCAUUGUAUUGUCCUGAUGAGAUUCGAGGGCUUCGUUAUGAAACAGAGCAAGAGGACAAUGAGGAUCCAAAGUUUACUGUCUAUUGUGGUCCGCAAGAGAAGGAGACAAUCAUCAAGGGCUGCAGGAUGGAACGGCUGAAGCCAUAUCUAAGCAAAGGAUAUUUGUACAGUUGUCAGCUGCAAGGAGAGUUAGCAAAGGCAAAAGGACCGUAUCAGGAACGAUACCUUAUCCCUAUAGGAGAUUCAAAUUUGGACAAGGUGCCUGACCACUGCCUCUGCAAGUUUGGUAGCAACGGCAGGUCUCUGAGUCCACUUCCAUUUCAACAAAACGACAAAGCCUUCUGUCUUGGAUACUGUUUGGCAAAUGUACUCUUUUACCUCAAGCUUGAUAAGUCAGCGCAGAAGCAUUUUAGAUGCCAGGAGACAACUUGCAGAAAUUUCAAACAUAGUGCAGCUGUCAGCAAAGGGAAUUGGAACCAUAUCUUUGGAAGAGGUCAAGCGCAUGUUGGAUGGAAUUCCAAAACAGAAAACGAUUGA